AUGAAGAUAAUUAUAUAUUUUUGCAUUUGGUCAGCAGCAUGGGCCAUUCCAGUGCCCCAAAUCAAGCCCCCGGAGAGACAUGCUGUUGACAAAUUUGCGAAUGUAAAUCUUCUAGAAAGAGCAUCAGUGCCAAUACAGGAUGAGUUAAAUGCCAAUGACACCAACAAAGAAAGUGGUGUUCCCCAUGAAAAUGAAAGAGGAAGGCAACAGUAUGCCAAAGAUGGUUACAAAGGAGAAAACAAUGGCUCUGAGUGGGCAGAAGUAGGAGGGAAGAGUCCCUCUACACAUUCCAUGUUAGUAAAUGCAGAGGGGAAUACUGAAGAUCAAAAUGGGGUCACAGAAAAGCCAGAAACAUAUGGUUAUGAUGGUAUACAUAGAAAAGAAGGUAGCACCAUAGCAAAUGGCAUUUGGGGACAAGUAAGCAUUAUUGACAAUGCUGGAAUUAUAAAUGGGAGAAAUAUUAAUAGAAAUACUGAUAAAAAUUCAAACAAUGGAGAUGCUGGAGAUGCAAGUCAGAGUGAGGAUGCCACUGUUGUCCAAGAAGAUGGACAGCAAACAGCUGAAAGCAAAAAUAGUACAGGCCCCGAGGAUGAAAUAAAUAGGAAUUCCUGUGGAAAUGAAGGUAAUACAAGUGAAAUAACACCUCAGAGAGAAGGUGAGAGAAACUGGAAUCAGGAGGCAGGAGUGACACCAGGGACAAGUGGCGUCAGCAAUGGAGAAGAUGGGGGCCUGGACAAUUCUGAUGGGAGUCCCAGUGGGAAUGGAGCAGAGGAGGAUGAAGACAAAGGCUCUGGUGACGACGAAGGUGAAGAAACAGGGAACGGAAAAGAUGACACUGAUAACAGCCAGGGCCAGGAGGGCCAGCCUACCGGAGAAGAAGAUAAUGGUAAUAGCUUAGGUCAAAGUUCAAUUAGUAGUGAAGAUGAGGACCCUGAAGGCAAAGAAGAUCCCCAUGGCAUUGAUGGAGACAACACUUCCAAGAGUGAGGAGGAUUCUGAUGGUAUUCCCAAAGACAAAGAUAGCCAAAUAAUAGGGGACAUGCAAAAACCCAGUCACAGAGAAAACAAAGCUGUGGAAAAGAAAAUCACUGAUGAAUUAGAGCCAAGUGCUAUUGGGAAGAGCAAAGAUAAGGGAAUAGAAAUGGAAGGUCCCAAUAGUGGCAACAGAAACAAUAUUACCAAAGAAGCUGGGAAAGUCAAUGAAGAUAAAGAGAGUAAAAGACAAUUUGUAAUGGUCAUGGGCAAAGGAAAUGUCAAGACACCAGGAGAGAUUGACAACAUACAUGGACCUGGUCAGAAAUCAGAACCCGGAAAUAAGGUUGCACAGAGCAAAACAGGUAGUGACAGUACUAGUGAUGGAUAUGACAGUUAUGAGUUUGAUGAUGAAUCCAUGCAAGGAGAUGAUCCCAACAGCAGUGAUGAGUCUAAUGACAGUGAUGAUGCCAAUUCUGAAGGUGACAAUAACAGUGAUAGCCAAGGAGAUACUGGUUAUAACUCUGAUGAAUCAAAAGAUAAUGGCAACGACAGUGACUCAAACGGAGGAGAUGAUGACAGUGACAGCACAUCAGAUGCUAAUGAUAGUGAGAGUAAUGGCAACGGGGACAAUGGGAACAAUGACAAUGGCAAGCCAGACAGCAGCAAAGGUAAAUCAGACAGUAGUGACAGCAGUGAGAGCAGUGACAGUAGUGACAGCAGUGACAGCAAGUCAGACAGCAGCGACAGCAGUGACAGCAGUGACAGCAGCGACAGCAGUGACAGUAGUGACAGCAGCGACAGCAGUGACAGCAGCGAUAGUAGUGACAGCAGUGACAGCAAGUCAGACAGCAGUGACAGCAGCGACAGCAGUGACAGUAGUGACAGCAGUGAUAGCAGUGAUAGCAGUGACAGUAGUGACAGCAGUGAUAGCAGUGAUAGCAGUGACAGCAGUGAUAGCAGUGAUAGUAGUGACAGCAGUGAUAGUAGUGACAGUAGUGAUAGCAGUGACAGUAAAUCAGACAGCAGUGACAGCAGCAACAGCAAAUCAGAUAGUGAUAGUAGUGACAGCAGUGACAGCAGUGACAGUGACAGCAGUGACAGCAGCCACAGUGACAGCAGUGACAGCGACAGCAGUGACAGUGACAGCAAUGAUAGCAGUGACAGCAGUGACAGUGACAGCAAGGAUAGUAGUGACAGCAGUGACAGUGCAUCUGACAGUAGUGAUGAGAGUCACAGCAAGAGCAAGUCUGGUAAUGGCAACAAUGGAGGUGACAGUGAUAGUGACAGUGAAGGCAGUGACAGUAAUCACUCAACCAGUGAUGAUUAG